AUGGCUGAGAAGUUCUGGACGUUUGUUCGUGUUGUUGUUGUACCAAUUGUUGUUGUUGUGUAUGAAACAGGUUUGUGCUCAUCAUCGACAUUGUUGACGUCUGCUCGUGCUCCCCACCGUCCACGUCGAAGCUCCAAGCCAUCGGCAAUCACCGUCCAUGUCGUCAUCAUCUCGUGUGUCGUCGUUCUCUGCUCUCGCUGCUACCGCUGCUCAAGAUAG